AUGGGAAAUCUGAAUUGUUAUUUUGGAGGAUCUUGCUUCAGGGAUGAAAGAAGAAACAUUCAUCUGAAGUCAAGAAAAUCACCCACUAGCUGGGCCAGAAUAACCCACUUCUGGCCACACAACAGGGUGCACCCUAUCAAUGACUCAGAAGAAGCUCCCACUGAGGCCGUGCUGGAGGACCUGCCCAGUGACAGGGCAGAGAAGGCCCCGCCUACCCCCAAGGCGGAUGGGACAAACAAUGACGACAGUACAUGUGUUGGAACCACUCCUCUGCUGAUGAGAAAUUUAGCUGAUGCUGAUGAAGAAGCUCCCCCUGCGGACCUGUUGGAGGACCUGCCUAAUGACAGGACAGAGGGAGAGAUCCCCCUUACUCCCAAGGAGGAUGCAACAGCUGGUGAAAACUCUCCCCCGGAGGAUUCGUUGAAGGACAGAGCAGAGGAAGAAGCUUCACCUAUCUCUAAAGUGGUCUCAGUAGAAAGUGAAAACGAAUGCAUUUUGGAAAGCAUAUAUGACAGUGAAAAUGAAUGCAGUACAGGCCAGAUGCUGGAGAGCACAUAUAGCAGCCAGGAUGAAGAUGCUACAGACUACUACUUCGAGUCUAAUGAAGAAUCGGAUCAGGAGAGCACCAGUCUGCAUAUGUCAAGAUACUCUCUCCUCCUCUUAAGAGAAGCUCUUGGGUCUGCAGUCAGCAAAGAAGAUGACAUGGAGGAGGAGACAUAA